AAAGUCGGACACUUAACUUUCGAAAUUUGAGUGGAUGUCAUUUGAAUUCCCGAGGACGGUCACACCAUGUGCUCCAUGUGCUUGGACCCGAAAAAGGACGGGCACUUGUUCAAGUAAGUCCACCGUUUCGAAAACGUAGCUCCCGACAAAAUGGCGGGGCCGUCAGCUGGAGUUCGGCUCAGUUUUAUCACUCAAGUAGACCAAUCAAAGUACGAAUCUUUGUUCACCCAAGCAUCCGUCGACAAUAAAGUUUUAUCAGCUGUUGCCGCCAAGGAUGUUCUUUCCCGGUCCAAUCUCGGUGAUGAUGUACUUGCACAGAUAUGGGAUCUAUCCAAUGUCACGAGUGAGCCACAGCUCACUUUUCCUGAAUUUGCCGUUGCGAUGUACCUUACUUCCAUGAAAAUGACAGGCAAAGAUAUUCCCAAUACUUUACCACCUACUGUUCGGGAAGAAAUUGAAACAGCGGUCGCUAUGAUCAAAUCGAGCAGUAACCAAUCCAACAUCUCAAUAUCACAUGGAGCAGGUUCUGGGAAUACGGGAACCUCUUUUCCGGGGCCUUCUUCAUCCAUGCUCAGUUCAUUGGCUGGUAUUCAUCAAAAUAACUAUCAGACAUCUAUGAUGACAGGGCAAACGGGUUUCCAACCGCAACCGACCGGAUAUCAGCAAUCUAUGCCUACGGGAUUGCAGGUACCAAUGAUCACGGGAGUCACUCCAAUGAUGGCAAGCAAUCCGCAAGUCGCGAUGCCGACGGGGAUGCUAGGUAACAAUCUUGCUUUUGCCAACCGGAUGAUGCCUCAUGAGACAGGCGGUCGAUCCAUUGCUCGUUUCCAAAGUCUUUCGGAAAACGUAAAGAUUCCUUGGGCGGUGACUAUCGAAGAGAAGAAACAAUAUGCCAAGAUCUUCAAAGCUUGGGAUACGGAAAACAAGGGUACAUUAAGUGGUGACAAGGCCAAGGAGAUCUUCUCGCAAUCCGGGUUACCGCAAAAUGUGCUGAUGCAGAUAUGGAAUCUUUCGGAUCCAAAUAAUCAAGGGAAAUUGAAUCUGGACGAAUUUGCCGUUGCCAUGCAUCUCAUUUAUCGUAAAUUGAAUGGUUAUCCUGUACCAGAAACGUUACCUACCGAACUUGUUCCACCCUCUACUCGAGAUCUCAAAGAAAGUGUAAAUACGUUGAAGCAGUCGAUACUUGAGAACAUUUCUCGAAAGAAAAACCUGCAGAGCUUUGGAUCAUCUUCCUCUCUGUCGCCUCCUAGUCAGUCACCUCAACGAUCACGAUCAACUAGUCCUUCACGUCAUACGAAACCAAAGUAUACAGAUGAUGAUGAAAGCGAAACUGCGUACGUGUCCAGUGCGCGCAGAAUGGGACCUGACAGAAGUCGAUGGGCGCAAUCUCGCGAUGGAUCACCUAAUCCUUCAGCAUCACGAUCGGCUACCACCUCAUCUUACACAUACCGCAGCAAAGCAACUAGAGUUUCAGCAUUACGCAAAGAAUUGAACGACAACAAGAACAAGCUGAAAAUGUUGGAGGAAGAGAUUGCUAAUCGUGCUCCGAAACCGUUCAGUGAACUGUCGUACACUGAACAAAAAGAUAUUGAGGAUAUAAAAAAGCGUAUUAGCGAACUACAAGACGAAAUUACCAAAUCAGGAAGCGACAAUGCUGGUCAUCUAUGGGAUGUAUAUGCGCAGAAGACGGCCGAGUUUUCAGAGCUUGCAAACCAGGAAAAGUCUUUGCAAUCAGAAGUUGACUAUCUCAUCCACGACGUGCUGAAGAACUUGGUGGCGCAAGUGCGUGAAACGGAAGAAGAUCUCGCCGAACGAAAGAAGCAACUGAUAAAACAAAAAGAAGCAAAAGCAAAAGCAGACAAUGGUGCGAUGCCGUUGGAUAUUGUUGGAACCGGGCCGAACGGGGAAGUUACUGAAAGUGAUAGAAUUCGUGCCAAAGCCAAAGCAAUGAUCGCGGCGAAAAUGGGCAAAAUUACGGGCAAAACGUCAUCACCAGUGGACUUUUCGGAAGAUUACAGAAAAAUCGAAGAGGAACGCGCCGAAUUUUGCCUUUAUGCUGAUUCUAUCAGUGAUGCCUUACAGAAAGCUGAGGAUGACGUUAGCGCAAUACGUAUGGAGACGAGCCUCAUCGGUCUAGACAUUGGUAAACAUCAUCAAAACCAAAAGAAGAUUGAAGAACGAACACGAUUCGAAACCGGCAAAGACGUCAGUGCGGAUCUGAAGGCAUUCAUUCUUGAAUUAUCUUUUGCAGCGGCCACAGCUUCUGCGCCAGAUGUGGAUCCAACAUUUGAAUCGCGAUUUCCAGAAUUUUAAUCAUUCUUUUUUUCGACCGAUGCACCAUCCUGUCCUGUUAUUACCCUACUACACUCGCUUUUGCCCAAUUGAUGUUUUUAGAUCGUCAUUUUAUAGCCCUUAGAAAUAGCUUAUUUAUUGUUUUAUGCACGAGUGACUAAGGAAGUAACAAUGAUGUAUUUAACCUCCAACUACACUCCUUGGUUCAGCAAUCAAGCGGAACAGCUUCUUUGCUGUUUCGCGGCGGCCGAACCGCACAUUCAAGGUUUGGAAUUCCAUUGAAAGUUGAUCAACGAACA